AAAACAUACAUCCACACACAUAUGCAGCUGAUCAUUCAAAAUUUGAUUGGUGGGAUUUCGGGUCAUGGCGUCACCUCCAGAUAGUCCUAUUGAGGACGUAGUGUAUGAGUUGGAGCCAACGCGUAUGCCCAAGGUUAUACCUGUUGCUUUAGAAGACUUAUGCCGCGAAACGAAAUUCUCAAAACAAGAAAUUCGUGUUAUGUACAGAGGAUUUAAAACUGAAUGCCCCGAAGGUGUUGUACAUGAAGACUGUUUCAAAGAUAUUUAUGCGAAGUUUUUUCCUCACGGCAAUUCCAGUUUAUAUGCACACUAUGUUUUUAAAGCAUUCGAUGUAAAUUGUAAUGGCGCAAUUAGUUUUCGAGAUUUAUUAGUUACCCUUUCUACACUACUACGCGGAUCGGUUUACGAACGAUUACGAUGGACUUUUAAAUUAUAUGACUUAAACGGCGAUGGACGAAUAAGUCGUUCAGAACUAGCAGAAGUGGUUCUUGCAAUACAUGAACUUAUGGGAAGAAGAUCACAUCAAAUGGAGGAUGAUAGAAAAGCAAGAGAACAGAUCGACAGAGUCUUUCGAAAACUAGACCUUAAUCAAGAUGGCAUUAUAACAGUAGAAGAAUUUCUCGAAGCAUGUUUGAGAGAUGAUCAUAUGACGAGAUCAUUACAGAUGUUUGAUUACGAACUUUGAUUUGCGGAGCCAUCAUAGAAUUGUAAUACCAUCAAAUCUCAUUAGUUUUUCAUAAGUUAAUAAAUUGUUAUCUGUCUACGAAAUAAUAAAGUAAAUAAAAAACGUUGAUAACUAUUCCUUCUUAGGUUGUGAAAACUGGACAUAAAUAUAUAUAAAAAUUUAAUAAAUUAAUGAUCACUGUAAA